UUAAGUUUACAUGGUUGCGUUGCGGAUAAAUUCACCCGUCAUUUAUAGGUUUUUGUUGUUUUUAGAAUAAAAUCUGAGCUCAUAACCGAGUGAUACUGGUGUAUUAUGCCAAAAAUCAUAAGAAACAGGAGUUUUACCUUUCAUUCUCUACAUAACAAGGAUUGGAUAUUACCAUUGAUUGCCCGCGCCUUUUAGAGGUGGUGCUAUGUGUCUGUCAGAUGUUCUACGGAAACAUGUUUUGUCAAACAUGGAGUUGCAGCAGUACUUAACAGCAUGUUAUUGGGCCGACAAACUUGUUUGUCUAGAAAGAUAUCGUUCAGAAGAUGUAUUACUUUAUGCCAAAGCCCUGUAUUAUAGUCGACAAUAUCAUCGUGCAAUAGCUUUAAUUCAAAAUUGUAAGGAGUUAAAACAAUCACUUGUUUGUCGUUAUUUCAUUGCCCAGUGUUAUUACGCUUGCUCAGAAUACAAAAAGGCUCUUGAAUUUCUCGAACAGUCUGAUUGUAAUUCUAUCGAUUUCAACUCCAAUGUAACGUCACUGGUCGCUGGUUCGUUAUCUAAACAACUAUGUAUAUCAACAGACUGUCAGAAUGCUGUAAAUGAUGAUUCCACAAAACAAUCGAAUACUGUAUCAGACAGUUUAAUAAGCGGUUUUAGUACAGAACAACUUCAUAGUAGUAUUGCAUUAUUGAAGGGAAAGUUAUAUGAAUUAAUGGAAAACAGAUCUUUGGCAACGCAAUUUUAUAAAGAAGCUUUACUUCUUGACGUAACAUGUUAUGAAGCCUUCGAAAAACUUGUACACUUUCAAUCAAUUAGCUCAGAGGAAGAAUCUGCUUUACUAACCGAAUUGAAUUUCACUGAUCAUCUCAAUCCGUUGAUGAGCAAAUUGGCUGAAUUUCUUUACAAAGAUAAACUAAACAAGAAUUCAGUAUCAGAAACUAAGGUACCUGGUGAAUUUGACUCAUUGACCAAUAAUGUCGACGUUAUUGUUAAUAAAGCUGGACGUAUGUUAGAUGUUUGUCGAUUUCAGGAAUGCUACGAUAUUACAUCCAGAUUAAUGCAAUCAGAUCCAUAUAAUCUUGCAUGUUUGCCAAUUCAUAUUUCUGUUUUAAAAGAAUUAGAAAAAGCAAAUGAGUUAUUCAAAGUAUCUCAUAAACUUAUGGAUGUGUAUCCGUCAAGUGCACUUGCCUGGUUUGCGGUGGGUUGUUAUUAUCUGUGCAUUAAGAAGAAUGAACUUGCAAGACGACAUCUUGUGAAGGCUUCACAAUUAGAUAGAAGAUAUGGUCCUAUAUGGCUUACACUUGGGCAUGCAUUUGCUGCUGAUGGUGAACAUGAUCAAGCUAUUGCUUCCUAUUGUACAGCUGCUCAAGUUAUUCGAGGUUCGCAUAUUCCUAUUAUGUAUAUUGGUAUUGAAUACAGUGCUAGCAAUAAUCGCAAUCUAGCUGAACGAUUUCUUAAUCAAGCCUAUUUAAUUAGUCCAAGUGAUCCUUUUGUUUUACAUGAACUGGGCACAUUGGCUUUUGAAUCACAAAAAUAUGUAGACGCUACAAGAUUCCUAGUUCGAGCUUAUGAAAAGGCUUGUGAAUUAAGUGGACAAGUUCCUUCGCCUUUCUGGGAGCCUCUUGUUAAUAAUUUAGCACAUUCUUAUAGGAAAAUGGGUCUUUACAGCCAAGCAAUAGCUAUGCAUGAACUUGCACUUCGCUUAGUGCCUGAGUCUCCAACAACACUUGCGUGCUUGGCAAUGUUGCAUGCAAUCAAUGGUAACCUUGAAGUUGCAGUAGACUAUCUUCACCGGUCUGUUGGGGUCCAACCAUCGAGCUGUGGGUCUACUUCUAGCAAUGUGGCUUCUACAAUGCUGAAUGUAUGUAUUGAAGCGUUAACGGGGAAAGGAAUUUAUGCUUCGAAUCAUAAAGUUGGAAAAGAUAUUCCAGAUACUCUUCCUGAAAACCUUAUGACUGCUGCUGGACCAGGAAGUCUCCCAGGAUCCAACCGGAUUCGUUUUAAAAUGGCACCAAGUGAGACUUUAAAGCCUAACAAAUCGGUGCUUCAGUUGGAUGUUAAUUAUAGAGAAAAAUCUGCUAACGCUCCUAACAUAUCGCUGCACACAAGCGAUGAAGAUGUGUCUAUGGACCUUGGUUAAUUCCUUGAUUUUAUAUAAGUGAUUGCUAUUGUCCACAUAUUCUCUUGUAACUAGAUGUGAAACAAGAUUAAGCUUUACACAUGUUUUUUAUCUGUCAUUAGGGAUUCAAAUUUUCCAAGUAUAACAUCUAUCUUACUCGUCUUUACGAUUGUAUUCACGUAGAUUCUUUUUAUCCCCAUAAUUCAGUCGUAGUUGUCACUCUGAUAUAGUGGUCAUCUCUACGUAUAUUAUUUCUUAAACCAAUUGAUACUAUAGCAUCAAUGAUUGCGGGUUGGUUUUUAACCGGAAAACAAAGUCAUGCUGCUGUAUGAUCACAUACUUCAAAUGCAUGAAGAGACAAUGUUUACAACUUUCAGGUUAUAAAAAGCAAUCUGAUAGAGUGAUUGAUUCCAGUUUUGGCGCCCGGACAGUAUCUCAGCCCUCGCACAAAUCGGAUGGUGAAGUGUGGCGCAUAUAUAUUUGGUACCCCCUUGUACCAGUGUUUGUGUUUAAAUGGAAUAAAUAAUAAUUAAUUUCAGAAAGCAUACGUUUCAAUUCCAGUCGCUUGCACGUCUAUUGCUAAAAGAAAUCUUUGAAACAUAACUAAGGUUUAGUCUGAAUUUAAAGGUCAACGAUUUACUUAUUCGUACAUAAAGAAUUAUUGAUAAAUAGUUUUGUCACUCGGUAAUACAAUUUAUUAAUUAUUGCUCGGUUUCAUUCAGCUAAAUUUUAUAUAUGUAAGCAACAAGUAUGAAAAAGCUUAUAGUAGCUGCAACAUUAUCAGCUCUCUAGUCAUUGAGUUGAACUGUUCACGUAAUUUUAUAUCAUUACAAUUGUGACGAGGAAUGUAUAACAAUACGAGUCGCUGUUUAGAUCAAUGUAGCUGACGAAAACUACUAGUAGUCUUUAAUACGUCCGUGCACUAUGGUAAUAUUUCGCAACCCCGACUUCAAUACAGUGAACGAGAAGAUUAUCCUCUUCUUUACUGGCACCAUAACUGAAGAAAAAGAUUGAAGUGUUUCGACAAUGGCCUCAGCACACCAACCGAAAAUAUUAAUCAAUGGAUUAUAUAUCAGUUACAAUCAUUGGAAUCUAUGGACUAAUUAUUCGUUACUAAGCCAAAAUAUUAUUGAAAAUGUAUCGAAAGCCUACGUACAGUCCAUACUAGAUCACUUGAUGUAACGGAAAUGCAUCUGAAUCAAUAUUGAUUUCAUUUCUCUUAAGCUGUAUUUCAGGACUGGACAUCUUUAAUAGUUUUAGAUACAACGCUGUAUGAAAUAAGGUUCGUACUUAGGAAUACCGCUACUCACUACACUUUGACCUACACUAUUGUAUCCCGAAAUAUCACAAUACUCAGAUAAUGAGAAACACAAGGGUAUUAAAAUAGUUACUGUUGGAAAAAAGAUGAAUUAAUCAUGUACUCUAUAUUUUAUAUUGUAGCUUCGUUUGAGCCACUCAUGGGUUUCUCUCUUAUAAAGCUAAACAUAAGUCAGUAAUUUCAUGGAAUAAAGUACUAAGGUUUUUACUUCAUUCUUAUUACAGGCAACAUCAAUUCAAAUACAAACUAAGCAUGCAGUGCAUAACGUUCUUCCCUACCAUUUCGUUAACAGCAAGAGUUUGGUCUGUGAAAACGCCCAAGAAACAGGCUUCUAAUUUUUUUGCGGUCAUGAGUGAGCGGUUGAAUCUGCCACUAUAUCUACAAGACAGAAUAUAGGAACCGAAUGUACCAUACAUUAAUAGUCAUUGGUCUGGCUUUAUGAUCUAAUUUCUGAACUGAGCAAUCUCCCAACUAUAUGGGUCUUGUAAAUAUAUGCAAGCUAUUUAAGCACUUGAACGAUCACUUAAUCUGACGUAUCUGGGUGAACAGUGGUGGUUUGCAUGUAAACUAGUCAAAUUCACUACUACUAAGAAUAUAAUUAUUACUAUU